CUCUCACACAGAUCCUGUUAUCUGCUUUCCCUCCCUCCUUCUCUCGCAUACAUGCACAGAUCCAGAGCUUCCCCUCUCUCAGCUCGUGCAGCUCCACCCACCUGCAGAUAAAAGCCAAACCCUCACCAAGGCUGCUGUUCAGCGUCUGUCCCAAACUCCUCAAAGCUUUGUGAUACUUUUACCCUGCAGCAGCAGCAGCAGCAGCAGCAGCAGCACACACACACACAAAGGGCCCAGCAGGACUGCAGCUAACACCUGGCUGGAUCCCGUAGCUGGCCACCGUCCCACUCAUGCCUUGGAAAAGACUCAGGAAAGCAACCUUAAAGUGAGGGGAAGUAGAGGAGAAACUAGACGAAGUAGGCACAGGCCAGAGGCGGCGACGACCUUCAGUUUAAAAAAAAUGGUGGUCUACCUACUCAUCACAGUGUCCCAGUUGUGUUUAUUACACAUGGUCCAGGGUGGGGCGUAUUAUGGACAUAAACAGCCGCCUCAACAGCACCAGCCCUUGCCGCAGUAUAAUGAUGGGUAUCCUCAGCAACAGUUUCUGGGGAACGAGAUGCCACACCUGCCAUUUGGCAAAGAAGGGCCAUUACUGCCUCAGUAUGGGAAAGAGCUUCCUCAGUUGCCUUUGCAAAUGGGCAAAGAGAGGCCACUGACUGAAGGCAAAGGACAAACAUUCCCCAGAGGGGCUAAAGGUCCACCACCCCCUGGUCCUGGUGGAGAAGGUUUCAGAGAAGGACCACAAGGAGUUCAGGGCCCUCCAGGACCAACAGGACCGCCAGGACCACAAGGCCCCCCUGGGCUGCCAGGCCAAGGAAUCCCAGGGUUACCAGGAAAGCCAGGGCCUCCUGGUCCACAAGGCUACCCAGGAAUUGGAAAACCUGGCAUGCCAGGAAUGCCAGGAAAACCUGGAGGACCCGGAUUACUAGGACUGAAAGGUGACCUUGGGCCUAGUGGUGGUGAAGGACCAACUGGGCUUCCUGGUCCUCCAGGGCUCCCAGGUCCCCCUGGACUCCCGGGGAUUUCAAAACCAGGAGGUCAGGGGGUUCCCGGACCGACAGGUCUUCUAGGGGAGCCUGGCCAAAAAGGUCUACCUGGGCUUCCUGGUCUUCCAGGCCCCAAGGGAGACAAAGGACUUGGUAUACCUGGCUUGCCAGGCUUGAAAGGACCUGGUGGGCCGCCAGGUCCACCUGGAAAUGUGGGUAUCCCUGGGGUUGGUAAACCUGGCCUGAAUGGUCUCCCUGGACAGCCAGGGUUACCAGGAAAGCCUGGUCCUUCUGGAGAACCAGGACAGGCAGGGCCACCUGGUGAAAGAGGCCAACCAGGACCACCAGGCUUGCCAGGAAUUGGAAAACCAGGAAAAGAUGGUUUCAGAGGGCAACCAGGGCUCUCUGGAGGGAAAGGGGAACCAGGACCUCAAGGUUUACCAGGAGGUCCAGGCAUGCCAGGCUAUGGUAAACCAGGGUUUCCAGGACCUAAGGGCCACAAGGGACAUGCUGGUCUCCCUGGACCUCCAGGCCUUAAAGGUGAUAAAGGUCAUGGAGGUCUUCCAGGGGUCAUUGGUCCCACUGGUCCUAGUGGCAUCCCUGGCCCACCAGGUCCAAUAGGGCUUCCUGGUAGCACUGGCUUCCCAGGGCAAAAGGGAGAGGAUGGUGUUGGGGGACAAAAAGGAUAUCCAGGAAUGAAGGGUGAUUUAGGGCCUCCAGGUCUUCCAGGACAUCCAGGUUUGUCAGGAGAUGGUGGACAACCAGGACCAAGAGGUUUUCAAGGGCCCAUUGGCCCCAAAGGAGAACCUGGUAUUAGGGGUUCACCUGGUGCCCCUGGUGCUGGAGGAUUACCUGGACCAAGAGGAGAGGGGGGACAACCCGGAGAGAAAGGCCACCAAGGACCACAAGGCAUUCCAGGGCUUACAGGACCAGGGGGACCAAUUGGACCUCCCGGACUACCAGGGCAAAAAGGCGAAACAGGUCUGCCUGGUAAACCUGGCUAUCCUGGUGAGGGAAAGCCAGGACUCCCUGGUCUUAUUGGUCCUCAAGGUAAUCCUGGCCCAAGUGGCCCCGCUGGACUUCCAGGGCAACCAGGACAGCCUGGACCCCCUGGUCCUCCAGGACAACCUGCUGCAUCUCCUGAACUUGGACAGAUCCUCCCCAUGACUGGCCCAUAUAGUGGCCAAAAACAGGGUUACAAGAAGCCAAAGAAUGGAGGCGACAUUGGUGGAAGUAGCCUGGAGAUGCCUGCAUUCACAGCUAAGCUCACAAAUCCAUUCCCUCCUGUUGGCUCUCCUGUCAUCUUUGACAAACUCCUGCACAAUGGCAAUCAGGACUACAAUCCCCAAACUGGUAUUUUCACUUGUAGCAUACCAGGGGUCUACUACUUUGCUUACCACGUUCACUGCAAAGGAGGUAAUGUGUGGGUGGCACUGAUGAAGAACAAUGAACCAGUAAUGUACACAUAUGAUGAAUACAAAAAGGGCUUGCUGGAUCAGGCAUCAGGGAGCGCUGUACUCCCAUUACGACAAGGAGACACUGUGCAUAUACAGCUGCCAUCUGACCAGGCUGCAGGACUUUAUGCUGGUCAAUAUGUCCAUUCCACAUUUUCUGGGUACUUAUUGUACCCAAUGUAAGAAAUGUGUAUAAAACAAAGGCAUUAGUAAUGACAUAUUGGUGGUGAAUUUUACCAUAUUUAUGGUAAAACGACAGCAUAGGUCUCAAAGGUACAAAGUAAGUCACAUUAAAUGGUUUACAAUGAGUGGUGGUUAUGGUAGAAUCUUUUUUUUUUUUUUUUAAUAUAGUACCAACAUACUUCAGUGAAUUAUUCUAUGCAUUACAUGCAUCACAUCUGUAUUUACAUACAUCAGCAAUGUCUCAUACAUCAGCAAUGCAUUUAUAAAAAAAUGGGCAGUGUAUGUACAUUGUAUAAAUAUUGUGAUAAACUACCUGGUCUUUGGCUAUGAUAUGUAAGAAGCAAAGUUUCUUGUUAGAGUUGGGGAGAGCAGAGGUAAAAAAAAAAUAAUACUACCAAAUAUCUCAAUUGUCAUAAUUCUUGUAUGUUUACAUUGUGCAUUUAUUCUUAUAUCCAUCAUCAUAGUUCAUGACAUGGCUGGAAGAAUUCCGGGAACAAUGAGACUUUAUGUUGCAGAAGUGUAUUAACUUUUCACAUUUUUAUUUGCUUUACAGUUAUAUACUGUAUACUGGGCACAUAAGAACAUAUUUCAUUUAAAAUGCAUUUAGUCAUAGCUAUCCGUACAUAUUAAUGGGUUAUGUAUUUGAGGUCAUCAUACAGUCAUUAAGUUAUUGUAAGUCUUGUUAUUUUAUUUUGAAAAUGCAGCUUUAUAAUACAACAAAAUCUAAAUACAGGUUUUUACAUAUUCAUCUGACAGCAAAAUAAAAUAAGUAUUUGGGUGAGUUUUUAGUCCAAUUUACACCACAUCAUCUAUUACAGAACGGCAAAAAUACUUAGCAGUUUUUCCCAUAAUUUGAACCAUCUUUUGAUUCUUUACUUUUGACCAUUUGAUGUCACGAUUUGUCUUGUUUUGUUUGUAAUAAAUAUGAAUUCUUUGAAAGGUUUUUGUCAGUUUGUCAGUAUUCUCUGUAAUUUAUUUGUUUGACUACUGAUUACUUUGAAUUUUGUUAAUGUCUGUGUAAGUGACGGAAUUCAUUCCAAAAUGCAGAACACAACGUAAAUGUUCUGUGGAAAAAAAUAACGCAAAUAUUCAAAAAUAUGUUCACACUCAUACCCAUUCAUACAUGUGAGUUCUUUUCAUUUUGUACUUAAUUUUUUCAAGCUGUGGAUGUGCAAUUGUGUUUGUUAUUUUCUCUUCCUUUUUUUCAUGUAUUUUGGACAGUGGUGCACAGCAUUAAAUGGGAAACUGACGAAAGUAUGUGAAUUUUGAUCUUUGUUGCUUUGAGUGGAUAGAUUUAAUAGGUUUAGGUUUAAUAAAGAAAUAAAAACAUU